AGUUUGUGCAAGAGCACCUGACUGACAAUUACCCGAGCAGCCAGAAUGCCAUGAUUUUUAGCCCUCUUGGCAAGUUCUGGCACAUUGAGCUAGAUCGGCACCAAUCGGGCAUGCUACUCGGAGAUGGCUGGGCGCGGUUUCUGACGGCUCACGAUUUUUCCGAAGGGAACAUUCUGGUGUUCAGGUAUCAAAAUAACAUGGUGUUUACAGUUGAGGCGUUCACGCAGAACGGGUGCCUGAUGGAGCAUGAAGCAGCGGCUGCAGACAUGACUGAAGAUGCGACAGGGCCAAGCAUUGUGCCUCAACAAGGUGUUAAAAGAGCUUGUUGUUUCACCUGUCAAGAAGAAAAGGAAGAGCAGGAAUGAAAAUACUUGUUUGGAAGUGUAUCGCGAGAAGCCAAAUCUUCCCCCAAUUUCGUCGAAGAAGGUUGCAUCGCAGAAGAAACUUGUCAGCUCCGUGCCACAUCAUUCAUUCACAAAACAGAUUACCGGCUAUGAUCUUACUAGCCUCUUUGCUGUGAAAAAGUCCAUUUGCUCUUCAGUUGGUCUUUUGGGAACAUGUGAAAUCACACUGAAAAUGUCGAUGGGCAACACAAGAUCUUGGCCGGUAUGGUUCAAAAUGGCCAACACAUACGGGUACAUAACCGGACCAGGUUGGAAAAGGUUUUGCCGUGAAAACAAGCUAAAAGAAGGCGACCGCUGCACCUUCAGCGUAAUCAAAACAACUGUCCGGUAUGUUACAAUUGUGUCCAGCUAGUAGGAGGUUGGGAGUCAUUCCCAGUAUUUUGCUUGCCAAUUCCACCAGUGACAGGUCAUUUCUUGGUUAGUGAUUUUAAUGUGAAUGUUAGUCUGUAAGAAUAUAGAACUCAGUGUAUGGUAGUCCAAUGAAUAUCUGGGUCACUGAAAGUCUGAAGCAUCGGUACAUUUGUAAUGCUGGUAGAUUAGUCGACGGACAUCUGUAGAUGUGCUGAUCUCCUUUCUUUCCCA